AUGGUUGUUUAUCCGGUCCAACAAACUGACUUCUCCAGUGCGUAUAACCGCACAGUGUGCUUCUCUAAGAAGGCACGUCGCGCUGAUUGGUCAGUCAGUUGUCGGGCAUGUGAUUGGUUGAGCAUGGUACAGAACAGUGUAUCAAGGGUCUACGUGUCGACAACUCUUCGGAAGACCGUCACCGUCCGGAUGUUUAUACGUACCAGAUUAAUUUUACUUUCGUUUUAUUUGGUGUCGGCCCAUGGACUACCGUAUCAAACACGCCGUUUGAAGCUUUCCGGUGUAUGGUACCUCAUCGGAUCCAGCGGUAGUUGGCCCGUUGUGUGUGAGAACUCCGGUGUGGAUGCGUAUAGUACUCAGUGGAUAGCUGGUCUAAUUGGUGAUCCCCUUGUCGACCAACAUGAUACAAAAUACCGAUACAUUGGACGGGAAAACUGGACGUUUUUGCAUCGUUUUCGUUUCCCGCCUACAUUAGGCAAUCCUAUUGGUAUCGAACUCCUUUGGGAUGGAGUUGACACAUUCUGCGAUGUUACUCUGAAUGAUGUCCACCUCGGUUUCGUGAACAACAGUUUUUUGUCGUUUGAAUGGGCAGUAGAGAAACAUAUUAGGCCAAAUCAGCUCAAUUCGCUUCUUCUUGAUUGUCAUUCGACAAUCUUAGUUGCAUCUGGUUUGGCCCAGGCAAGGAAAAAUAGUGGCUUACCCAAAGUGCCGCCAGAAUGUUGGCCAGAUAAUUUUCACGGAGAAUGCAACAUCAAUUUGAUUCGCACCACGCAAGCCUCUUUUGGAUGGGACUGGGGUCCAGCGUUGCCCACUCAAGGAUUUUGGUCGCUUCCACAGUUAGUUCUUUCCUAUGCUUCUGUUCGUUUUGGCGAAGGUUUCAAAUUCUACUCGAUCCCUGGCCGGUCCAAUAAUCGGGUGUCUUAUUCCACUUGGAGUGCACACGCCGUAGUUGAAGUAGUACCGGUUGGGACGGGCGAAGAAACCUUGCAAAAAGUGCAAAGCUUUUGCAUCAACUUUGAUAUGGAUGUAUCCCUGAAUAUUGGGACUGUUGAGCAGUGUUUUGUAAAUGUGACUCUUCAUGAGAACCGAGACUUUUCCAUCUUACUGUUUGAACGCAAGGUGGGGAUACAGCCCUGGUGGCCCAAUGGAAUCGAGACUGGCCCAUACACCUACACACUUCAGAUGAAACUUACAACUUUGGAGGGUCACCUGAUCGACCGCGCAAAGCAUCUGAUUGGAUUUCGGGAAGUUAAACUUAUGGAAGAAUGGGUAAGGCCCGAGUUGCCUAAAUUGGGUCGAUCUUUCUACUUCCAAAUCAAUGGACUGCCGAUCUUCGCAAAGGGCACAAAUUGGAUUCCUUCCCGACUGUUGCCUGGUCGAAGUGUCGGGUUCAUGCGAAAUUCCACAUCGGAUCCACUUUGGGCUGAGAAACGGCUGCUUCGAUCGGCCGCACUGAGUGGGACCAAUAUGGUACGCGUAUGGGGCGGAGGUCGAUACGAAUCAUUAAAGUUCUACGAGGAAGCUGACAAGCUUGGUCUGAUGAUUUGGCAUGAUAUGAUGUUCGCAGUGUCAACUUAUCCAGCCAGGGAAAGCAAUGACACUCUUGAUACGGUCGAGAGGGAAAUUCGUCGUCAAAUACGGCGAUUGCACGCCCACCCAUCCAUUAUUGUAUGGGCUACAGACAACGAGGUGAAACAAGCCAUCAGUGAUGGUUGGUACGCAACGCCAAUGGAUGCAAAUAUGUUGAACGCAUUUAGAGAUAGAUUCGUCGAAUCCGUAGCUGAGGUAAUCCGACGAGAAGAGCGUUUUGCGGACGAUCUGUCCAACAGCGGCCUCUCUUAUCAACCCAGGAGGUGUCUGAUAUCCUCACCGGGAAACGGAAUGCUGACAGAAAAAAUGCAUGGACUAGAUGAAAACCCACAGGACCAGCGCUAUGGUGACGUGCACUUCUAUUUGUACACGAACAAACUGUGGUCGGAGACUGUGUACCCAGUAACACGCUUCACUUCGGAGUUUGGUGUGCAGUCGCUUCCAAGUCCACUGGCAUGGUUCAGAUCGCUCAGUGACCCAGCGAAACCAGCUAAUUGGAAUGUUCGUGGGCCGCUUAUGAAGAAUCGUCAGCAUCACACGCUGGGUUUUCUGUUUCUUGACCUAGCUGCCGAAGUUAUUGGUGCGCCAAGUGGUGCUCCUGACACCGUGACAGAAUAUGCCAAAUGGGCAUACAUCACACAGUUGUAUCAACUGAUGUCAUAUCGAGCGCAUAUCAACAGACUAAUGAGACAUCAAUGCCGCUUGGCUUUCUCAGACCUCAAACCGGUUGUGCCGUCAAGUAUGGGCUCAGCAUACUGGCAACUGAACGACGUCUGGGCGGCACCCACGUGGUCAACAAUCGAUGCAGCCGGGCAGUGGAAAAUGGCACAUUACGGCGCCGUUAGGGACUGUUACGCAAACCAUCCCACUGGCCGGAUUGCAAUCCACUCAGAUGAGUCCUUCGUUGAGGCUGACUGGAUACCUUUUACACAUGUUGGCAACCAAAGAAAUCUCCCAGACUACUUCCUGUUUCGAUGCUUCUCGACCGAUAAAUUCGAUCAGACCAGACAAUGGAGCAUAAAUGUAGACUGGAAACGAGGAAACAUCACUUGCCCUGUACGUGUCUUAAAACUUCCAACGUACACAAUAAUUCGCUGGUGUGGGUGGCCUCCCACUGCAAAGUUUUCCGGUCGGGUGGUUCGGGUAGACAUCGUGAAAGGCGGUGUAAUCGCACAAGGGGGUUCCUUCACUCUACUGGAUAUCCCUAUUAAUGUUAAUUGGACUUCAUCUGAAAGGAGACGUGGUGUGAAGAUACAAGACUUCCAGGAGAUUCCGUUCGAUCCACAGUUUGAUAAAGCUCCGUUUACCGCCACGAGAGUAUUCAGUCUCACGAUCGUCACACAACUACCCGAGUUGUAUAUUUGGCUCGAUUUGGACAUCAAGUUGAAUGCUGAACACUGGUAUGAUCAGAACGCAUUUAACAUGCUGGAUGUGAGUACAAAGCGAGUAAAGUUAUAUACUGUAGUUGCACCCAGCGUAAGCAAAGCAGAGAUUGAAGCAGGCAUUCUUGUGACUACUUUAUCCAGUGUUUGACAGUAGAGGACCCUAUUGGAACCCCAUUGUCUACGAGAUUUACCAUAGUCCACACCCGGAGCGAUACACAUCUUAUCCACGCCCCUUGUUGAUAGAGUUCUUUGAGUUGCGAUUCUUAAUCAGAUUACAAGAGAGUGGUUUAACUAUUUUUGAACUGAAGAACAGGUGAG